AUGGAGCAUUCGGUGGCUUUUCUUAGCACGAGACGACCCUUUAAAGUCUCCCAGUACUUGGGGGAAUAUUUUGACUUUGAGCAAUUAAGAGUUGGGUGUGGGGGGAAAAGGGAGAAAGGGGGAGAGAGAUAUGUCCUUUUCCUUUGCGAAAUCCCCUUCAUCAGUAAGGAGGAUACAAUACAACAGCUACCACAGCUACAACAACUACCUACCUCCCUAGACAUCCAUAGAACAAUAUCGGUAGUGGGCGAAUGGUGGGAGACACAAAUUGGCACUGCACUGCCUUCCGUGGGGAAUGCGGUGUACGCAGUAGAUUGUUACAGGAGGGAGGGAAUGAGAUAUGGAGCAAUUUCUAUUCAUUCCAUGGAUUCCCUGGCAUAG